CUCUCUCUCUCUCUCUCUCUCUCCACCGGUCGGACCUGCGCUCCAUACUCGACUUUUCAAUGCACAGCUGACGGAUCUGAUCUUCUAGAAUUGUGCGGCAUCAUUCGGAUGUAUUUUUGUGAAUAUGGGAGUUUGGGUCGGUCUGUUCGUGUUGAUGUUCGCAGGGUUCGGAGAGAGUGCACUGAAACAGGACGUCCCAGUGAUAGACGUGUUGGGUUUAGAUGAUGUGAAGCAGACCGUAGCUGCAGUAGAGAAGCUCUCUUUAGCUCUGAAGACUCUCAGCGACGUGUAUGUCAUGUCUAACUUCCGCCUGCCACCUAAACUGGGUGGAGUUCUGCUGGGCAUCUACAACAAGCAGGACAACAAGAAAUACAUUGAGAUCGCCAUCAUGAGCAAAAUCAACAAAGUUCUGGUCCGGUACAUUCGUGAAGAUGGAAAACUGCACACGGUGAAUAUGCAGACUCCAAAUCUGGCAGAUGGACGGCCACAGUCUGUUAUUCUCCGUGUCGGUGGCCUGCGCAGAGAUUACCUGAACCUGGAGCUCUAUGUAAACUGCCGUCUGGCUGACUCCUCACAGCGGCUGCCACAACUGGUUGAUUUGCCUAGAGAUGCAGAGCUGGUGGAGUUUCGUAAUGGACAGAAAGCGUAUGCUCGGAUGCAGGGGUCAGUGGAGUCUCUUAAGAUGGCACUAGGGGGCACUGUUGCCCAGGCUGGGGCUCUCACUGAUUGUCCCUUUCAGGGAGACUCCACUUCAUACAACACAGUGAACGGCGAGGUGAAUUCUAUUCUAGGUGAUCACACUAAAGCGUUGAUUGGACAGCUCAUCAUCUUUAACCAGAUCCUCGGAGAACUAAGAGAGGACAUCAGAGAACAGGUGAAAGAAAUGUCUCUCAUCAGAAAUGCUAUUCUGGAGUGCCAGAUGUGUGGGUUUCAUGAGCCACGCUCUCACUGUCAGCCCAGUCCUUGCUUUAAAGGCGUGGGCUGCAUGGAGACAUUUGAGUUCCCAGGGUACCGCUGCGGCCCCUGCCCAGAUGGCAUGCAGGGGAACGGCACACAUUGUCAAGAUAUAGAUGAGUGUGCAGAGGCUCAGCCUUGUUACGCACCAGGCGCAUGUGUUAAUACAGCAAAAGGUUUUACCUGCGAGCCCUGCCCACCGGGCCUGUGGGGUCCGCCUCUCUCUGGAGUCGGUCUGGAAUUUGCCAAGAGUCACCGCCAGGAAUGCUCGGACAUCGAUGAGUGUCUUGCUUGGCCCAAUGCCUGCACACCCAACUCCGUUUGCACCAACACCAUUGGAUCAUACCGAUGUGGUCAGUGUAAGGUCGGCUAUGUCGGAAAUCAGACAACCGGAUGUUUACCCCGGGUAUCGUGCGCUACCCUCAGUUUCAACCCGUGUGACACGAAUGCUCACUGCGUCAUUCAGCGUAAUGGAGAUGUGACCUGCGCUUGUAACGUCGGGUGGGCUGGUGACGGUCACACAUGUGGGAAAGACACAGACAUCGAUGGUUAUCCGGAUCGCUUACUACCCUGCAAGGACCUCAACAAGCACUGCAAACAGGAUAACUGCAUCUUCACACCCAACUCGGGUCAGGAAGAUGCUGAUAACGAUGGAAUCGGAGACCAAUGUGAUGAGGACGCAGAUGGAGAUGGAAUAAAAAACGUGGAGGAUAACUGCCGGCUGGUGUCCAAUAAAGACCAGCAGAACUCCGACACGGAUUCGUUUGGGGACGCAUGCGAUAACUGUCCCACGGUUCCCAACAUCGAUCAGAAAGAUACGGAUAAUAACGGAGAGGGAGAUGCCUGUGAUGAAGACAUUGAUGGAGAUGGAAUCCAGAACGUGUUGGAUAAUUGUCCGAAAGUGCCGAACCCUAUGCAAACAGACCGGGAUGGAGACGGUGUGGGGGAUGCGUGUGACAGCUGUCCUGAGAUCAGUAAUCCCAUGCAGACGGAUAUAGAUAAUGAUUUAGUGGGCGAUGUUUGUGACACCAAUCAAGAUACUGAUGGGGACGGACACCAGGACACUCGGGAUAACUGCCCUGACAUUCCGAACAGCUCUCAGCUUGAUUCGGAUAACGACGGCAUCGGCGACGACUGUGACGAGGAUGACGACAACGACGGGAUCCCGGACAAUCAAAACAUCAAUGGUCUCGGCCCGGAUAACUGCAGAUUGAUUUCCAACCCCAACCAGAAAGACUCAGACGGUAACGGAGUCGGUGAUGUAUGCGAGAGGGAUUUUGACAAUGAUGCGGUAUUGGAUUUUAUGGACGCCUGUCCUGAAAGUGCAGAAGUCACACUGACAGAUUUUCGAGCCUUUCAGACAGUUAUACUGGACCCGGAGGGCGAUGCUCAGAUUGACCCCAACUGGGUGGUGCUUAAUCAGGGUAUGGAGAUUGUUCAAACUAUGAACAGCGACCCGGGCCUGGCAGUGGGUUACACAGCGUUUAACGGUGUAGACUUCGAAGGGACGUUUCACGUUAACACCGUGACUGAUGAUGACUACGCCGGCUUCAUCUUUGGCUAUCAGGAUUCGUCUAGUUUCUAUGUGGUGAUGUGGAAGCAGACCGAGCAAACUUACUGGCAGUCUGUUCCGUUCAGAGCCAUGGCUGAACCGGGCCUACAGCUGAAGGUGGUGAAAUCUCGCACAGGCCCCGGUGAGUUUCUUCGUAACGCUCUGUGGCACACGGGGGACACGAAUGGAGAGGUGAAACUGUUGUGGAAAGAUCCACGAAACGUCGGCUGGGAGGAUAAAACCUCGUACCGCUGGCAGCUCACUCACCGGCCACAGGUUGGCUACAUCAGAGUGAAGCUCUAUGAAGGUACAGAAAUGGUAGCUGACUCGGGCGUUGUGGUUGACACCAGCAUGAGAGGGGGGCGUCUGGGUGUGUUCUGCUUCUCUCAGGAGAACAUCAUCUGGUCUAAUCUGCGGUAUCGCUGUAACGAUACUGUUCCAGAGGACUUCGAUUCACAGCGUAAACAGGUUCUCAUGCACAUAAAAGUGUGAGGAGAUUGAAACGCCCUCCGUCUCUCUAUAGUGCCCCUGAAACUCAGUAUGGAGCCACUGAACUCCUGUGAGCGAGGGGCCGAACAUUCAGGACACAAGAGAGAUUUACCCAGUGCCUGUGUUACUCUGGAUUGUAUAGACUGGGUGAAAUGAAAGAAAAGACUUUUAUUUUACAUUUGUGGCGGGGCGGUAUAACGUGUGUGACUGAGAGCGUGUGUGUUUGAGAGGGUCCAUGUGUGUACUGUAUGCAGUAAUAAUGUCUUUAAAAAAAGGGAUAAUGUUUUUUAUAGAACAUAACAACACUGUGCAGUACUUUGGUUGCAAAUUUGUUUAUAAUACAAAACACAAAAUCACAUUUACAAAUAACCAAAAUUAUGUCUGGUGCUUACCCUGGCAUUUUGUGUCAAUAUCAGUAUCUCUUUUUUAAUACCAAAGUUUACCCAAAUACAUGUAUAGAAAUUGAUGUACAAUAAUUUCACUUUUAUAUAAAAAUUAUAAUUAAAUAAAACCAACCAACUCA